GAUCCAGCUCGCUCGGGGGGCGGCUGUCUUGGAUGUUUUUUUUAAGGCUGGGGCUCCGGAGCUUUGUGGCCCUGACUCUUUAAUGGGACCCGCGGGCACGACGACUUCCCUGAUUUUUCGCCACAGUCGACUCUCUCCGGCCAUGCCAUAAUGCUGAUGAUUCCUCUGCUGCUGUUUCUGCUCAGCCUGUCGGAUCCCGUUAGUUCCCGGGCCCGCUGCUCCCCGGGCCAGGCUCCCUGCGACCCCCGGCAGCGGAGGGACGCCGGGGGCCGCGGAGGAGUCUACGAGCACCUCGGAGGAGCGCCGAGACGCAGGAAACUUUACUGUGCCACAAAAUAUCAUUUACAGAUCCACCAGAACGGAAAAAUCGACGGAUCACUGGAGGAGAACAACCCGUUUAGCAUCAUGGAGAUCACAGCAGUGGAUGUGGGUGUUGUGGCCAUAAAGGGGCUUUUCUCUGGCAGAUAUCUGGCCAUGAAUGAUAAAGGGCGGCUGUACGCCUCGGAAGUGUUCAACAGAGAGUGUGAGUUUGUGGAGCGGAUUCACGAGUUGGGCUACAACACGUAUGCGUCGCGCCACCACUCCACCGAGCAGCCUCUGCCACCAGGCGGCGGUGGCGGCGUCAGCGGCGCCAAGCGGCGAGCCAGUGCCAAGCGCCAGUGGUACGUUUCCAUCAACGGCAAAGGGCGGCCGCGGCGAGGCUUUAAAACCCGCAGCACAGAUAAAGCGUCGCUCUUCCUGCCCCGCGUGCUGGGCAACAAGGACCACGAAAUGGUGCGGCGGCUGAGAGACAGUCAGAGUGCACAGCACCACGCUCAUCAAAGCGCCAACCGCCGAGACCACCGGAGACGCAGACAUCGGGCCAGGAAGGGACGGCGGGGCGGAGAUAAUUAAGCAGACUUUUUAGAGAAACCCUUGUACAUGGACCCCUGACCCCCCAUACGGAGCUACACACAGCAAGAGGAAGUUUGGAUCCUUUGGAUAAGUGGACGUGUUUGUUGAUGAUGUAGGAUACUCACACACAAAGAUGUGUUCUAAAAAGUCUUCAUGAUGCUACUGUCCUGUAAACACAUGUUCUCAUGUUGACUCCCGUCUCACUUUGUAAAAAGGUCCUCAGCGACAUCAAGCAAAAAAAACAGGUUGUUGUAAAUACAGUAUGCACUAUGCAUGUCCAGAGACUUUAAAAGCUUUAGUUUGUCAGAAGAUGACGCGACAAACGUUAUAAUAUUCUGUUAUGUUGAAGUGCGAGACAGCGAGAGAAGAAAGGACUUCACACAGCGAAGCACUUUUUUAUCUGAUUUACGUUAAUGUUGUGUUCAAACCAGAACAUGAGCUCAUUUUUUUGCGCCCGUUAUUUGCAACAGAGUCAAAGCAAAGACUCGUUAGGAUGUUAAGAGGAUGUUAAGAGAGUCUUCAAGUGUUCAGAAUCUCAUAUCAUCCGGAAGUUGCUACAGAAAAUAAUCAAUCAAAACUUCAUUCAGAAAUAAAAGCAUUUUCAAAGUGGGCUCUUACCACGUCUUGUCUUGCAGGAAAAAUCAUGAAUUUGACUUUUUAAUAAUCACCAUCAUGAUCUAGUUAUAUCUGCAUCCUGACCACCUAUUAGAACCAAAUCAAUCUCAGUCAGAUCUGUUGAUUUUGGGUUCACAGCGCUGUUGUAAAACAGAUUUUGAGCUGACUUUAGUGUGACUUACAGACUGUUAACAUACAGUGAAACUGUCACUCAGUGAGCUCAACACCUGAAACAUGACACCCGUAGUUGGUGUCCCAUCAGAGGGAGUCCUGGUACUGAUCCUGGCUAACAGGUCAUCAAACUGGGACCUGGUCAGCCUCAAGUACCUGGAAGUAGCAGGAAAGGUCAUCAUCACUGACAGGAUGGAGUUUGGUUUUCUGAACGUAUCUGGAGGGAGGAAAGUUCAACAUUUGACCCAAAGCGAAAAAGAUUAGUGUCAGUUUUUGGUCUGAACACAGCUGAGAAGCAAAGGGACACUGUGAUAGUCUACUGUGUGUAAACUCAAAGAUGUACUUUGUAUAUUGUACUAAUGAU